AGAAAUGCCGGAUAAAAGUUUGACGGUUGUUCAGUGUGCUCGUGAUUUCUUCCUCUACCGGGCAACGAUUUCUUUGGUUGCGCUCGACUUGAGCGUCCUUAUAAAAGCGAGGGCAGCAUGCGGAGGAUUUCAGUAUAACUAUCAUGCGCACCACAGCUAAACUGACAGUGAUCCUCGUGUUCGGCCUAUUGGCCGUGGCAUUCGCUGAGGAGAAAUUAAAGAAGGACACAAAACCGGAAAUAAAAAAGGAUGAUAAACCAAAACGAGGAUUGGAUCAUGUAUUGGGUGAUCAUGGUGGUUUAGCUGUUGCCGGUGGUUUGGGUUUGGAUGGUGGAUUAGGUCAUACCGAACAUAUUGAGACAGAUCAUAUUAAAGCAGUGACAAUAACAAAACAUAUUCCAGUACCACAUCCAUAUCCAGUGCACGUUGAUAAACAUGUGCCAGUUCCAGUUAAAGUCAAAGUACCAGUGAAAGUUGAUCGUCCAUAUCCAGUACAUGUACCAGUACCAGUUCAUGUACCAGUUGAAGUACCAUAUCCAGUGAAAGUACCAAUUAAAGUUCCCAUUGAAGUACAUAAACAUGUUCCAUAUCCAGUUAAAGUACCAGUUGUUGUCAAGGAACCAUAUCCAGUUUAUGUUAAAGAACAUUCUCAUCAUGGUGGUUGGGAUCAUGGACUUGGUGGUGAAAUCAGCUGGGGUGGACAUCAUUAUUAAAAAAAAAAAAAUGAGAAUCUAGAUAGGAGACAAGGAUCAUUAUUUCUAAUAUAUCCUAUGGAUAUCGAAAAACUUUUUUAAGAGAAAGUUAAUUAUGUUAAAAAUUUGUCAUAAAUUCGCAAGAUUUAGCUUAGUUACAUAAUUAAUUUCCUGCGGAUGUAAUUGAAAAAAAAGCGAACCGUGCGAACUAGAAAUAAGUCGAGAAAGCACCAAUAAUGUAUUCAUAAAAAUUUUGGAUGUAUUUUUUUUCCCCCACAUGGAAUAAAGAAAUGUGUUUUUUAUUUAUAAA